GCCGCGAAGUCGCCUUGAGCUCGCCUGCAGGUUGUUUUCUCCCUUGAAGGCACAUGUAGAGUAGAGCCAGCCUUGUGAUUGCCUGGACAGCAGGGAAAAAUGAGUCCUCCCGCCGUUAUGGACACUCCGUACGGAAUUCGGGCGUUCCAGUGCCUUUCCAGGAAGUGCUGCCCGUCUCUCCGAAUAAACAAGACACUCUGGUACCGAUUUUUCGUGCUGCUGCUGACGUACGUGGCGUACAUGUCCUACCACCUGUCGCGCAAACCCAUCAGCGUGGUGAAGGCCGUCUUGAACCAAAACUGCACCGGCUUGGAGCCUCCGCCAUGGGUCGUCAUCAACGCCACCAACAGGAACAACUGGUGCGAUUGGGCUCCCUUCGACGGGCAAAACGCGUCCGCCCUCUUGGGCACGCUGGACUCCGCCUUCCUGUUUGCCUACGCCGCAGCAAUGUUUGUCAGCGGCUUCGUGGCGGAGAGGGUGAACUUGCGCUACUUCCUGUCGCUCGGAAUGAUCUUCUCGGGCAUAUUUUGCUACCUUUUUGGUGUAGCCUACUCCUACAACAUUCACAACAUGACCUAUUUGAUCGCAGUGCAGGUUUUGGGAGGCAUCUUUCAAACCACCGGAUGGCCUGGCGUCGUCACCGUCAUCGGAAACUGGUUCGGAGAGGGAAAAAGAGGCUUGAUUUUCGGAAUUUGGAACUCUCACACGUCCGUGGGCAACAUUCUCGGCUCCGUGGUGGCCGGGGCCUUCGUCGACACGGACUGGGCGCUCUCGUUUUUCGUGCCGGCCCUCAUUGUGGCCGGUUCUGGCUUCCUCAUGUUCCUCUUCCUCCCCGCAGAGCCUGCAGAGGUUGGAUGCCCUCCGCCAGAGCGACCAGGCAGCAGGGUCAACGCUCGGUACCGCCUCCUUUUGCCCAAUUCUAUGCAUGCUGCUAGCGUCACCUCCCCAACAAUCCAGCAGCAGCCGUACAGGAGAAUUGUCAAUCCAACCAACGUCAGUUCGGAAGAAAUCUCGUCCGACAGUGACGUGGAUCACCAUCCUGAUGCUGAUAGCAAUGCGGCAGAAGACGAAGCCCUUCUUUCUGGACCGAAAGCAAUUACCUUUUACCAAGCGCUGUGCAUUCCUGGCGUGGUCGAGUUCAGCCUAAGUCUUUUCUUCGCCAAGCUCGUGAGCUACACAUUCCUCUACUGGCUGCCCCUCUACAUCCACAGCGCCUCCGGGGCAGGAGCCGAAAUGAGUGCCGACAUUUCCUCAAUCUUCGACAUCGGCGGCAUCGUCGGUGGCAUCGCGGCAGGGGCCAUCAGCGACUCCACGGGGAUGAGUGCUACCACUUGCGCUGUGAUGCUUAUUUUAGCUGUGCCAUCGCUCUUUGCGUACGAGUUGUGGGGCACCCUGGGCCUGAACGUGGUGGUGCCAUUGCUGAUCGUGACCGGGGCGUUGGUGAACGGGCCGUACGCGCUGAUCACGACGGCCGUGUCAGCGCAGCUGGGCACGCACCCCUCGCUCGAGGGCAGCAGCAAGGCGCUGGCCACCGUCACCGCCAUCAUCGACGGCACCGGCUCCAUCGGCGCCGCUGUCGGCCCGCUGUUGGCCGGCCUCAUUUCCUCCACGGGGUGGAAGAAUGUCUUCUACAUGCUCAUGAUCUCCGACGUCCUCGCGCUAAUCUUGUUGGCGCGCUUGGUGCACAUGGAGAUUCGAAACUGGCUGCGAACGCGAGCGGCACUGCAACGUGCGCACUCGGGCAGCGACUGGACUUCUUGACAAGAACUGGCUUGAAAAAGAAAUUUGUUCAAAUAUUCCAGUGGCUUUUGUAUCGCCUUAUUUUAUCAAAUAAUUGAUUGACUCUCGAUCGUGUCUUGUGCAGCCGAUUUCGUGCUUCUUUGCAACGAUUUGUGUUCGGCAAAUUUUGAUUCAUUCGCUAAACGUGGAAAUGAAAUUUUAACUGUGCUCUUCUGGUCAAUGUGUAUCGCUUUUAACUGAUAUUUUAAUGCAAUAUAAUUAUGUAAUAGAUUCAUCGAGACGAACAUGCAUGGAUGUGAAUACGAAUAUUUAUUAAUUGUAAGAAAAUUCAAACGAAAAUAAAUU